AUGUACUCUGUGAACAUCUUGAGUCAAUUUAUGCAUACACCAAGGAAACCUCAUUGGGAUGCUGCUCUUCGUGUUUUGAGAUAUCUAAAGAACAAUCCAGGUCUUGGUCUACUCUUCUCUUCUAACAGUUCUCUACAACUAAAAGCUUACUGUGAUGCCAAUUGGGCAAAUUGUCCUAUGACAAGAAGAUCUACUUCUGGCUACUGCAUAUUUUUAGGAGAUUUUCUUAUUUCAUGGAAGACGAGAAAACAAAAAACGGCAUCUCAAUCUUCCGCUGAAGCAGAGUACAGGUCAAUGGCUUUUGCAACAUGUGAACUAACCUGGCUUAGAUAUUUAUUUACUGAUUUGCAGGUUCACUUGAAACCAGUCACAUUAUUUUGUGACAAUCAGGCCGCAAUUCACAUUGCGUCAAAUCCUGUAUAUCAUGAACCUGAUGUCUUCACUAAAGCUGUGGGAGGGAAUGUUUUUAAGACAUUAAUAAGCAAGUUGCACAUGUUUGAUAUACAUGCUCCAACUUAA